AUGGCUUCUCCACUAAACUGCAUCAUCGCUGUGUUCCAAAAACUGGGCAUCAGCAAGAACGGAAACCUCCCCUGGCCCAUGCUCAGGAAUGAACUCCAGUAUUUCCAGAGCAUGACCACAACCUCUCCCCCUUCAGUAGAAGGUAAGCCAAAGUUGGUGAUUGUGGGUCGGAAACCCGAGGUCUCCAUUCCUAAGAAUAAAUCUUUGAAAGAUAGACUUAAUGUAGUGCUCAGUAGAGAACCCCAGGAAAUCCCACAGGGCACUCAUUUUCUUGCCAAAAGUCUGGAUGGUGCCUUAAAACUAAUUGAACAACCAGAAUUAGGAAGUAAAGCAGACAUGGUUUGGAUCAUAGGAGGCAGUUCUGUUUACAGGGAAGCCAUGGAUCAGCCAGGUCAUGUCAGCCUGUUCAUGACAAGGAUCAAGCAGGAAUUUGAAAGGCACACAUUUUUCUUUUCUUGA